AUGGACUCGUCAAAAUCUGGUAUCCCUAUUCAAGUGUUGCUUAUCCUCAAUAUUCUUUUUUGUGGAUCUUUCGGACUGUCCAUGGCGAUUUUCGGCAUUCAUUUUGUGUUCAGAUACUUGAUAAUCAAUGGUAAUAAACGUCUGACCUCAUCUAACCCUGUGACCGUUUUUGUCUGGCUUCUAAUCCCAAUUGAUUUCGGAUCCAUUUGGUCCAUGGUCUGUAUGACGACACUGUUCCCGACCCCUGAAAAGAACACAUUCUUGACAGAGACGUAUCUAAAAAGGUUUCCUGGGAAAAUAGAAGAUUUGACCUAUUUCGGACCAUACUUCUAUCCGAAUGGAGUGUUCGAUUGGAAACCAUGCCUUGGGAUUGCUGCUUGUUCUAUGAUGAUGAGUGUAUCCUCUUUGACAAUGGUUUUCUGUGGAAUCAAGUGUUACAAUCGAAUCAAUAAUCUUGUCCGAUCUACUUCUCAAUCCAAUCAUCAUAAGAAUCUCCAUUCCCAAUUCUUGACAGCAUUGAUUGUGGAGACACUUGUUCCAGUUUUCCUCAUGCAUAUCCCAGCGGCAGUUGCCUAUCUCGCGUGUUUUCUGAAUAUGAGUUCUGAAAUUAUUGGGAAUAUUUUGACAAUGAGUAUUGCUUUGUAUCCAGCAGUUGAUCCUCUACCAACUAUUAUUAUCAUCAGCAGUUAUCGAAAUGCUAUUUUGAGAUUCCUUGGAAACUCGUUGAAAAAGUUAACCUGCAUUCAAAAAAUGUUGGAUGCAAUAAAUGUUCCUGUUGUUUCAGAAGGGACAGACAUGGAAAUAUUGUGA